UUACAAUGAUGAGGAAGAAUGGAGCUGCACAGGAUCAUUAAACACUGAGUGUUAUUUGAAUGAAGUGACCAAAUUCAAGAGAUAUUUUCUGACUUUUCAAAAGGCACGUGAGAGGAGUUUUCUAUUUGAGUGUGUUUGACCACUGUGCUUGUUUUGUGCUUGUAUGUUGGAUUGAAUGAAAUUGACUGGAGUGGUAUGUGUGUUCAUGUCAGGUGAUCUUGUGUGUUUGUGCGUGCGCUUGUCUGCUCUUUAAGAUGCAUGCUUUGAUGUUUGAUUUAGUGUUAAAUGAAGCUGUUCUCUAUCUGUGCUUGCAGGUGUAGUGUUUAAAUUUCACACAUGCUGCCAGUUUAGAGAGUUAAACUGGGAAAUAUUAUCUGACAGGCUUUUUAAAUGUCUCUCUCAUGUGAGGAGCUAAAACCUGAACAUUUCCUUUCCAGCAGGAUUCCUCUCUGAAGUCUUUCUUCUGACGCACUCUCUGUCCUGAUACGUAGGGCUCAGCCUCUGUAACCACACCUGAACCUUACAGUUUAAAAAUACUUCAACAUGAAUGAAUUCUCUUGCAGAUGGUGACUCUUUUGAACAGACUGACAGUCGAGAGUCACUACACUACAAAGUCACUACUGAAAGGGCUUGUUGACCCACAGUGUCACAGGAGAAACAUGUGUUAUCACAAAAGCUGAUAGCAUUUGACUUCACUGUUCUGUACCAAGUACAACACACUCUUCCUGUUCCCUGAACAAGCUGAGACAAGGGGGACAAGUCAUCAGGUGAGCUGUCAGGACAAACUGUGAAGCUCACUUCUCAGGGAUGACCAGUGCUCGGCUGCUGAAAACUUCACCAGAAGAGUCUUUGUUUGGCGCCCAGCCUGCCCUCAGGAUGGCAUCCACUCUGUCCGCUGUACCCCAUGGUGGCGUCCUCGGCCCCUCGUCACCCACUCCAGCUGUCUGGCCUCCUCUGGACUUCGCCCUUGGUGCUCUUGCCUGCUGUGCCGCCUGUGUGUUCACCAAUCCACUGGAGGUUGUGAAGACCCGUCUGCAGCUUCAGGGAGAGCUGCGUGCACGGGGAUCCUACCAGAGACACUACCACGGCGUCCUGCAGGCCCUCUGGGUGGUGGGCCGCACUGAUGGGCUCCGGGGCCUGCAGAAGGGGCUCUCAGCCGGGCUGAUAUACCAGGGAGUGAUGAACGGUGUGAGGCUGGGCUCCUACUCCUACUGUGACGCUCUGGGUAUCACCAAGUUCCACGGCGGGAGUCUGCUGGCAGGGGCAGGGGCUGGGGCGCUGGGUGCAUUUAUUGCCUCUCCUGCCUACCUGGUGAAGACCCAUCUGCAGGCUCAAACAGUGGAAGCCAUAGCAGUAGGCCACCAGCAUAACCAUCUGGGAGUCUCUGAUGCCUUUGCUACCAUCUAUAGAAGAGAAGGUUUCAUUGGCCUUUGGAGGGGUGUGAACGGGGCUGUGCCUCGAGUCAUGGUGGGAUCAGCUGCUCAACUGUCAACCUUCACCUCAGCCAAAGACUGGGUGUCACAUUCCCAGUGGUUUAUUCCACAGUUCAGUAACAGCUGGCUCACGGCUUUGAUAGCUGCCAUGAUAAGUGGAGUCGCUGUGGCAAUCACCAUGACACCAUUUGACGUCAUUAGUACACGUCUGUACAACCAGCCGGUGGAUGAGUUUCAUAGGGGGCGUCUGUAUCAUGGAUUUUCAGAUUGUAUGCUGAAGGUGUGCCAAGCUGAGGGCGUGCUGGGGUUAUACAAAGGCAUGGGCCCUGUUUUCCUGCGUUUGGCCCCACACACAGUGCUCAGUAUGCUGUUCUGGGAUUUGAUGAGGCAACAGACCGUGAAGGACAACCAGAGGCAGGGAAGGAGCUAAAAUAUCCAACACCUACGUGUCACUGACUGGUCUCAGUUACAGCUAUCGAAGAAGUGGUCCAUCAGUUAAUUGAAUACUGAAUUUAAAAGCAAAUGUUCAACAUUUUAGUAAAGUUAUGUAAAUGUUCAAGUAUUUGAAUGGUCAUCCAUCUUCCUUGCAUCAGACAGAGCAAGUCUCACUUAAAGGAAGAGUUUGACAUUUUGGGGAAUCUGCUCAUUCAGUUACAUGAUAAGAUUGAUACCCCUCUCGUGUCUGUGUCGUAAAAAUGACGUUACCACCAUCUGCUGGUUAGCUUAGCUUAAGCCCCAUCCACACUACUGCGUUUUCGUUUUAAAAUGGAGACCUUUUGCUGCAUUUGCACCUCCCGUCCAGACUAAAAUGGCGAAAACGAAGACCUGAAAUGGAAAGGUUUUGAAAUGCUGCCGACUCCGUUUUUCGUUUUGAAACUCCGGAAGACGUUUUAGUGGAGACGUGGCAAGGAGGACGGAGGACUUUGACGCAGUCGGUCAUGCUUGGCUCUCUCAUUGGGCCUUAUAAUAAACUGUAUGGGUCAUAUCAGUCAUGCAAAGCAGACACACGGUGCUACUGACAGAGUUUUUGACUUUGUAUUUUUAUUAAAAUAUUCUGUACCACGCGCUUAUCUGCCUACACCUGUACUGUGCAUGUCGCCGUUUACUUUGCAACAACUCCCAGUCUGUUUUAUGCUGCCACAGCCUUUUAAUUCCUGUGUUACAUUCAGUAACAGUCCCAUCUCCUUAUUGGUCCAUGCAAAGAAAAUCUGGUCUGAUUCUUUGUCUGCAUUACUUUAUUCUUUUGUCUGUAACUACAGAAUAGACCAUCUGCUCCAUGAUUACACUGGCACGUACAUGCCCAGUGUAUGUGAACAGCCACUAGAUGUGUGUUUUCAGGGUUUUCAGUCAUUUUAAUGUAGACGGAGAUCAUGUAGAUAGAGGAAAACGCUGGUGUGGACGUAGAAUGUAUUCGUUUUAAUUCUCCGUUUGUAAAAUAAAAUGGAGUAGUGUGGAUGGGGCAUGAUGAUAGAAAAGAAGGGAAGAACGGCUAGCUUGGCUCUCUCCAAAAGUAACAAAACUCACCUACCAGCACCUCUAAAGCUCUCUAAUUAACACAUUAUAUGAGAACAACAAAAAUCAUAGUGUAAACAUGUUCAUUUGAAUCUCCACUGGUUGCCUGGCAACUACUUAGAGACAAGAGUCCUGCACAUAAGCGCUCCACAAAAUGGCAUAUUGUCAUUUUUUAGACUUGUACAGAUUAAAUCAAAUAUAACCUGUUAAUAAGUUUGAACUUUAGAGAUGCUGGUAGGUGGAUUUAGUUACCAUUUGAUAGAGCUACAUUAGCUUUUCCCCUGUUUCCCGUCUUUGUGCUAAGCUAAACUAAGCUAAGCUAAGCUAAUGGCUGCUGGCUGUAGCUCCUAAUUUACCGUAACAACAUGAGUCCACCAGAAAGUGAAUACGCAUAUUUCCCAAACUUUCAAACUGUUCCUUUAAGUAAGACUCGCUCUGUCUGAAGCAAAGAAGAUGGAUGAGCAUUGACACAUGUUGCACAGACUCUGAGCCGAUGAACUAUCAGGUUUCACCUUAAUACCUCAAACAAUGAAUUUACAAGCAAGGUCUUGGGCUUUUACAUGUCGGCUCGCAGCAAAGCUAGAAUGAGAGAAGUGAGACCCAUAUGGCCUGCAAGGCUACCAAUGGAGUGCUGAUGACCUAAAGAUAUUAAAACAAACUCUGUAUUCCAUGGUUGUAGUUUGUGUUAGUGUGGCUGCUGUGAUUUUUCACAAUUUAAUGUAUAUUUCAAGCUGCCUUGUCUGUUAUUUGUAAAGGAAGACAUCUGAUGGGAAUGUUUAUUUACUUACAUAUGAACUACUGGUACAUAAAGCCCAUAAUACCAUUUGAUGUGAAGUUCUUCUUUACAAAAAUGUAAGCUACGGGUACUUCAAGCCUUUGUACAGCAGGUAGUUAUAAUAAUAAUAAUAAUAAUAAAGACAUUUUUGUAUGAAAUGCGUUAAA